AUGCAUGCGACCGACCGACGGGGCUGAUUUCAUAACGUGGGGAGGAAGAGAGGAAUGGGGCUCUGACUGAGAACGCAUGAGCACCAGAUCCCGGUCUACGGCUCUAUAGAUGCACCAUCAGUGUUAUUAUUGUCUAUAUUCAGAGGCCGUGCAGGCGGUGCGCUAGAGGAGAUGCGGUAGUAUAGUUGUUGGAGGCUGCUGCUGCUGCUGCUGAUGCUGCUGUCCGAUCAGCUGUUCUUUUCGUCUUGAGCAUCAUCACCUCACCGCCGUGACGGCCCAGACACAUCGACAUCAAGACCAGGGAACACACCGCAGCAGACUGGAUAACGGAGGAUGGAGUUCAAGCAUCUGGUGGAGGCGGCGGAGAAGUGGUGCUCCGGGAACCCGUUCGACCUCAUCUUCGCCGAGGAGGACGACGAGAGGCGGCUGGACUUCUACGCAGAGCCCGGCGUCUCCUUCUACGUGCUGUGUCCAGGCGGCACCGACACUUUCCAUGUGUGGAGCGAGAGCGAGGACUGCCUUCCCUUCCUACAGUUGGCCCAGGACUACAUCUCCUCCUGCGGGAAGAAGACUCUGCUGGAGGUCCUGGAGAAGGUCUUCACGUCCUUCAGGCCUCUGCUGGGUCUGCCCGACAUAGAAGACGACAGUUUUGAGCACUACCACGCUGACAUGGAGGGGGAACCAGGGCCCGACCACCAGCAGAUGGGGGUCAGCCAGCAGUGAUGAGCCCCAGGACGAGGCCUGCAGCUGGGGGCAGAGCUGCUCAGACGCUCCGGGCCUUCUCAACUCAUCAGCCCCAAACACUUAACAACACACUCUUAUCCAAACACACACACACACACACAUACUGACGGCCAACUUGCUAAAAAUGCACCACCGUGUUCUUGAAUGUCUCAGUGGCUACGCUUCCCAAAGAGUGCACUCUGUUGCACUGUUGACCCCCCCUAACCAAACACACACACACACACACACACAUACACACACUGAGGCUACGUGAGCUGUAGCCAUGUACAAUGCAAGUAUCAUAAUCAUUCACCAUCUGGUUAGUUAAAGUUCCACAGCACAGCAAUAUUACAUCGGCCUCAGCUGGCUUUGUUAUGCAGAAAGCAGAAAUACAGUCAGAUGUUACCGCAAUACACACACUUCCCCCCCGUGGCGUCGGAGAUGAAUGUGACAGAUAACCUACUUUCCUGGUAGUGUCUGGCAGUUGACACAGACGAUACACAAGAACUAGUUGAAUGAUGAAUAGGUGAAAACUGACAGUUUGUGGCUGCCGGAGUGACGCAGAUAAAGAGAGGGAAGGAAGGAGGGGAAAACGGUGUAUUGUAGCUUUCCACUUCACGGAGGGAAACAAAGAGGGAACUGAGGGGACUUGUAGCUGUGACGUAGAUUCAGAUUCAGCUCUCAAACUAUCCAGUCGUAUAGGUUACAGUUAAAAGCAUUUUACACCUCGUGGAAAUCAAAGUGUGCAGCUUUACAGUAGCAUGGAUCAUUUUUCUUGAGGUGUGUCUCUUAAUGUUUCUAAGGCAGUACACCUCAAAGAGUUAAAAGUCACUUAAUGAGGACGUUUUUAAUCAGUGUUACUAUCAUAUGACCAUCAUAACAAAGGCCCAUGCUGCAGCUUAAGCCCUUCCCGGUUUGGGUGUCUCAUUGUCACAUGACACCCUUUCUGUCCUGUAGUCUUCCCGGUUGUUGGUGGUUCACAGUUUGCUCUUGUUUCUCAGCACAAUCUGAUCCUAAAUCUAGCCCAAAUCUCUUUUGCGUGUGUUGUUUUGAAUUUUUUUUCCUGAUGGUUUCUCUUAAUCAUAAUUUAAUAAGUGCACACCCAAAUCCCUGCGUGAUAUCACAGGGGAGAGAAUAUAUUUAUUAACAGCCACCCCUCCGCCUGCCCUGUUAUCUCUAAUCUCACAGUGUGUUGUUGUAUGUCACAUCCAGCGCACUGCAAUGCUUCAGGCCCACUCGAUCCACAUGCAAGACUGUUUUCAGAGGUUCAUCUUUAGCCUGUUUACUUUGGCUUGUAAAUGUUAGUCUUUUUAUUGCCUCUUUGAAUGUGUCUCAUGCAGUGUAUCUUCUGUUUGUCCUCCAACGUGUGUGAUAUUGUUCAAUAAACCGUGUGAACAGAG